GAUCCGCCUUCUGAGUGAGCUGCCCAGUCUUCUCGUCCAUGGAGCCAGCGGUUCCCCCCUGACCAUCGAUGUGUCACAUCCGACUGUGCUUCCAUCUGCCCUCCCGCCCCUCCUCCAACCAUCUGCCCGCUCAGCCUUCAGCUGGUGCUCCGCUCGCCGCUGCCUUUCCUCCCGCGCAUCUCUCCCUGGUGCCACAGCAGCCAAGUGUGCGUCUAAUCUGAAGAACAUUUACACGGUGCAGACAGUGCAGAUAUUCUGGAGUGUAUACAAUAAUAUUCCUCCUGUGACUAGCCUGCCUUUGAGAUGUAGUUAUCACUUAAUGAGAGGAGAGAGGCUACCGCUUUGGGAAGAGAAAAGUAAUGCACAGGUUGGCGUAUGGAAGAUGAAAGUUCCCAAGGAUAGCACGUCCACAGUUUGGAAAGAGUUGUCAUUAGCGACUGUCGGGGAACAGUUCACAGACUGUGCGGCUGCAGAUGACAAAGUCACAGGAGUUAAUGUCGGCAUUCGGGACCGAGAAGAUGCCAUCCAAAUCUGGAAUGUAAAUGCCUCUUUAGUGGGCGAAGCAACCAUUUUAGAAAAGAUCUAUGAACUUCUGCCACACAUAUCUUUUAAAGCAGUAUUUUAUAAACCCCAUGAAGAGCAUCAUGCUUUUGAAGGUGGACGUGGAAAGCACUAAUUGCACUCUGUAAAGAAUUCUUUGUCCUUUGCUGAUUGGUUUUGGAAACGGUCUUAACAGGAGGGAGAGUGGAGCGAAGACUUGCCGAAGCCUGAUGCUGGUCACUUUAGAGUGGGUUUCUGCGCGUGCAGACUGGGCGAUUAGGAUGGGGGAGACUGUGUGGGUUUCUACCGUCACAUUACUUGCUUUUUAAAUUUUUCCUUUUUGGCUUUCUGAAUUCUCUGUUCUUUUCACACUUUUUUUUUGCCCUUUAAAAUUCUUUAUUCAGUCUAAUUAUUGUUUUCUACACUUUAUUUUCUUUGAGGCACAAGAAAUUGGUUUCCCUUCAAGCAGCUCUGCUGUACCUAGCUAAUGAGAAUAUACACAAUCAUGACAAUACUGCUUUAGAAAACCACACUGUACUCAAGGAAUUCUGGCUUGGAGAAACCUGUCUUUUGACUAUUUAUUGUGACACAUUGCUGCACACUAUGCACCAGGCAUUGUUUUUUUUUUUCUGUCCCAGGGAAAAGACAAGCCAUACUUAAUCUGAUUUUGCACUGAAAACAUACACAUAUUUUAUUUCUUCUUUUUUUUAGUGAUCAAAAGAAAAUAUUAGAUGGGUUGUCUUACAUUAACCUGUAAUCACUGUUGGAUAUUAGAAUAGAAAUCAAGUCUAGAUCUCCAGGUCCUCUGGGAAACUUUCUAAUGAGGAAUUUAAUGUGGCCUUCUCAAAGGAAGGCAUCAGAUAGUACUGAGCAAUUUUUUUCCCAGUAGGAAAACUUCUGCUUCUGAUUUGAAGAUGAGGUGACGUACUUAUUGUGUUAAUCAAGCUUCUUCCAAGUAUGGGGCAUGUGUCCCUAUUUUGGUCUUCCAAAUUGAUUCAGACAACUUUGUUGGACGUUCUCCUUGUCCUGCUCACAUUCUGAUACACGAGUUCUCCCACCUGGAAGCUUCCCCUUUCCAUUUAGAAAUAGGAAGUUAAAUAUCAUUCCCAGGAGGAUGUGGGCAUGCAUCAAGUCAAAUCAUGUGAUUCACUCGAGCAAGUGAUAAUAAUAUGUUUACAUGGUCAUAUGUUACCAAAGAAAUGCCAGGUUUGGUCGAAGGAAACGGCUACCGCCUGACACCUGAGACUUGCCGCCAUGUGCCCAUUUCCUUCUCUUACUUUGCUCAGCCCUCUCUGCUCCUCCCUGAACAAGAGCAGGGCUGGCUGGAGACUCUCCUCCCUGCUGGCACAGCUUCUGGGAGCCCAGGGAGCUGGGGCAUGCUUCCACAUUUCACACAAGACUCGGAUGUUUAGAACUUUUUGUACCCGGGAUCUUUCAUGCCUCUUGCACUGUUGACCCACUCAGAGCAGGAAGAAGCAACUAUAAACAAAUGAAAACUUAUGUUCAGACAUUUGGGGGCAGUGGAGGGGGAGGGGCAUUGAGUCAUGCCCGUGGUGCUCAGGGGCUGUUCUUGGCUCUUGGUUCAGGGGUGACCCCUGGGGCACUUGAGGGAACCUAUUUCUACGCCAGAGAUUGGAGCCUGGGCCAGCUGUAUGGAAAGCUCACCUGACCCCCUCUGUUGUUUCUCUGGUAUCCCAUUCAAACGUUAAAAACUCUCAACAAUAUCCAUAUAUGAAACUGUGCCUUUCACUUGCUUUAGUAACCACAUUAGCCAUAACGACAAUAAUAGUUUUGUUUUUAAAUGCAUUGUUCCUAAGGCUGAGCUUUUUUAAGACAUCUCAAAAUGAGGUAUAAAGAUUUCAGACCCAUUUUUCAAAAGUCUGGAGCUUGUUUUUCUAAACAUGUACCAAUGCCUAAUCUGCUUUUAAAUUAUUCAUCAAGAUUUUUUAAAAAAAUUAUUCUGAACAUAAAUUAAAAAUUCUUUUUACAAUAUUUUUUCUGCUGGAUUACAAAAAAGAUAUUGUUGACUUCAUUAUACUGUCACCUAUUUUUCAUAAGUUAGUGGAUCUUGAAAUAUUUUUAUUUUUGAACUCAACACAUUGUGAUAAUGUUUGACUUCUGCAUGUAUGUCACCUUUGAAGUUAAAAAAAAUAAUAAAACAGGAAUCUUAGGAUCA